UCAAACGUUUGUCGCAAUCUGUAUAUACUUUCGCUUCCGCUUGGUGUGUCCUUCUUUUCCGUUCGGUGUGGGUCGGGAUCUGCUGUAUUUAGUUCCAUUUAGUUCUUCAAGCGGCCAGCAUAUAAAGUUGAAGAUAACGGUAUACCGUCUAAACGGCCGUCUUAUUAGUACACGCUUGGAAGGUUUUUAUUCGCUCCUAAGAUAGGCCGAAGACCCAUUCUGUUGACCGCGGUCGUUCUGACCGUACUUCCGUUCCGAGUGUCUCCUCUUCCUGUCCGAUGGGGGGCCGGGAACGCAACGUGUUUGGUUCCGCCCAUCGAGUGACAUCAGCGCUCCGGCGGGGAAACGUGCGGUGGAAGCCGCUCCGGUCACAUCGUGUCUUCGGACGGCGCGUGGGCUCCUCUUCCACUUGGAGUGACAGGCUGCGCAGACGAUGGACGAGUUACAGGACGUGCAGUUGACAGAGAUCAAGCCUCUGCUGACGAACAAGAAUGCCCGGAACUUCCAGGACUUUGACUGUCAGGAGCAUGACAUCGAGACUCCUCACGGUGUGCUGCAUGUGACCAUGCGAGGGGUCCCUAGGGGUAACCGGCCGGUCAUCCUCACCUACCAUGACAUCGGGCUCAACCACAAGUCCUGCUUCAACACGCUGUUCAACUUUGAGGACAUGCAGGAGAUUACGCAGCACUUCGCUGUGGUCCAUGUAGAUGCCCCCGGACAGCAGGAAGCAGCGCCCCCGUUCCCCACCGGGUACCGGUACCCCACUAUGGAUGAGCUCGCCGAGAUGCUGCCUUCCGUGCUGACUCAUCUGAAGUUGAGCACAGUCAUUGGGAUUGGAGUCGGAGCCGGUGCCUACAUCCUGACCAAAUUUGCACUGGACCAGCCCAGCCUGGUGGAGGGACUGGUUCUGAUCAACAUAGACCCAUGUGCCGAGGGCUGGAUUGACUGGGCUGCCUCCAAGCUCUCUGGGUGGACGAGCAACCUGGUGGACAUAGUGAUGGCUCACCACUUCAGCACAGAUGAGCUGACUGAGAACAAGGAGCUGAUCCAGACCUACCGCCUGCACAUCGCGCAGGACAUCAACCAGGACAACCUCAGUCUCUUCUGCACUUCCUACAAUAGCCGUCAUGAUCUGGAGAUUGAGAGGCCCAUCCCUGGACUGAAUGAGAACACGGUGAAAACCCUGACGUGUCCCGCUCUGUUGGUUGUUGGAGAUACGUCCCCGGCAGUUGAGGCUGUGGUUGAGUGCAACUCCAGGUUAAACCCCAUGAAAACUACGCUGCUGAAGAUGGCUGACUGCGGGGGUCUGCCUCAGGUUGUCCAGCCUGGCAAGCUUGCUGAAGCCUUCAAGUACUUUGUCCAGGGGAUGGGCUACAUCCCCUAUGUUCAGCUCAGCCACCUGAACAACGACACAGUGGCGACGGCAGGAAUGACUCGUCUGUCACGCUCCCGCACCCAGUCCUCGUCCAGCGUGAGCUCUGCGGAGGGCAGCCGCGCCCAUAUCCACGGCCAGAUGGACGGCUCCCUGGACGGGCAGGCCCAGCCGCAGACCAUGGAGGUGUCCUGCUAAACGUGGCCAGCCAAGGGAACCUGCCCCGUCCUCGUCCCCAAGUUCGCUGUGUGUCCCCUUGACCCUUCCCCUGUCUCUCUCUUUGUCUGUCUAUGAGCUACACUCCACAGAGGUCUGUAAUGUAUUGUGUAAUAAGUAUAGAUUGAUAUCCUGAUAUGUACAUGUAUGAAAACACCUGACGCUAAACCUGAUGCGCUACCGUGCGUAACAAACAGUGACCUUGAUGUAUCGUUUCAAAAGAAAAAAGUCACAGGACUCAGAUCCCUUCACAGAUUCUUGGUGUCACACUAAUUGCUAGUUAUAAUCCUGAUUUCUGUUUCUCAUAAUUUUCAGUAUAUAAUUUUAAUAUAUUAAAUACCUUUUUUUUUUUUUUUUUUUUUUUUUUUUUUUUUAAACAGUGUGUUGAUGUUUAUGUUUGAAGUGGUUCUUUGGAAGGGAAGGAGAAUCCUGCUUUAGUCAAACUGGCAUGGAAGGGUUGCAGCAGUUUGACCUUUGACCCCACCGGGCAUUGGUUCUUCCUGCACCGCAGUCUGUCCCGUAGUCAUCCGACAGUUGGCGAAUCUGAAAGGGCAAUGGUUGUGCGGUUCCACAGGAUCACGGUUGUAUGUUUCCCCUUUGAGUCGGGAUCUCCAUUCCAGAUCAGGCUCCGUCCCCUUUUUCCUCUUCCCGCCCCAGAACAACUGUACCAGGUGCACAGCAGCACCUGUGUUCACCUUUUUUCUUUUUUUAACUCGCGGUCUCACAGUGUGACUCACAGCGAUGUGACCCCGUUGGCAACCAAACCCAAAGGUGCACCACACCUGGAGCGAUCGGCACCCUGAGGUCAUGGUCCCAUGGGCCAGUGUAGCAAAGGGGAGGAGGAGGGGUGGUAUGUUGCCUUGACCAGCUUGCGUGUGACAUGAACAUCAUGUUGACCAGUAGUUAGACGCUGUGUGUAGAGUACGCGUGUGGCAUGUACCAGCGAGAGCUCAUCCUGCGCUUGAAUCUUCACUCAAGAUGGGAAACUUUUUUUUUUUUUUUUUUUUUUUUUUAAAAAAAAAGAAAAAACUUGUCAUUCUACUGAUUUGUGGCUUUGGGCCCACGGUGAGGGUUCUGAUGGGGACCCGGAGGACAGAUGCCAUCUGUCCACCCAUUUACGCAGCAUGGUGGUGGACCGCAGUGUCACGUCCUGUUGGUCCAGCACAGUGUUGCCUCUGAGAGCACAUGGUCAUGUUAACAGCAGCACCCAAAACACAUCUGUAAGGUUUUAAUUGUUCAUCCUGGGAAUCAUUUUGAGUUCUAAACACGAGUGCACAUUUCUGUCUGAGUUUUCAGCAGCCCCCCCAUUGUUUCAAUGAACUGUCAAUUUUUUUACUGUAAUGUUGCUGCCAUCAUGUCUUCAGAGUGGAUUUUCACGAACGCUGGGCAGGUCGUAGCCUCCGUGAAGCUUGUGCCAACACAUCUGUCUGUUCCACACUCCGACACGGGGAUGUGAGCCUCCCACCUUCUGCUCCGUCUUGUUGGUUUGUACUGCCUGCUCAAUAAAACUAGAUGGGAAACUA